AUGGAGAAACAGCUUUACAUUCGUGUGUUAAGCAUAAUCAUUUGGAUGCGCUCAAAUCAUUUUGCCGGUGGAUGUGAAGAAGCUGUUCAUGGGGUGAUUUUUGUGGCUAAAUGGUGCCGUUUUAAGAAUAAAAAACAGCUUGAUCAGCCUAUGACCACUAGGUACUUGCUUUCAGAGCAAAAAAUAAGAGUGGAUCUGAACUCCUUGACCAAAAAUGGCUUUCCAGCCUUUGAUGGAAUCUGCAGAAAUGGCUCAAUUCAAAGGAAUUUACAGAACAAUCCCAUCAAAGAAACAACAACCAAAGAUAGAAACACCAAAGUUCAAAACACCCAAUCACUCCAAAAAUUAAAAUCAAUAUGGAGAAGGCUCAGCAAGCACAAGAGCGGCCGCUAUGAAAAAACAAGAGGCAACUUGAUGGUGGUGGCCAUUUUGAUGGCCACCAUGUGUUUCCAGAUUGCAACAAACCCACCAGGUGGCAACUGGCAAAUAGACACCACUAAUCAGGGCUGCCCAGCGGGGGUUUGCAGAGCUGGAACUUCAAUUCAUGCAUACACCAAUAAAAAAGAAUACGACCAAUUAACAAUCGUGAGCACAAUCUCAUUCACAGCAUCUCUCGGCAUAAUUUUGUGGCUCACUAGUGGUGUUCCUCUCAGGAAUAGAGUUUCUGUGGGGAUUUUGCUUGUGGGAAUGUGGGUUGCACUGCUUUGUACAGCCGGUGCAUACUAUUUGUCAAUGAGCUUGGUGGUGUUGCAUGAUGAAACUUUUGAUGGCAUUAGUAAGUAUUACGGACGGACUUGGGUUUUCCUGCUUAUCGCUAUAAUUUUUAUACAUGCAAUAGGAUUUUGCUGGUGGGUGUUGAAGAAGCUGUUCAUGGGGGUGAUUUUUGUGGCUAAACGUUGCAGUGUUAAGAAUAAAAAACAGCUUGAUCAGCCUGUGAUGAGUGUUUAG